AUGAAUGAGAAUAAUGAAAAUAACAGCGAUCUGAAAGAACACAAGAAGGAAAACACUACAGAAUGCUCUUUAAAUGAUAAAAACAUCAUACCCAUUUGUAUAAAAAAUAUUUUGCAGUGUGCACUUGGGGGGGAGGCUGACAAUGAACAUUUCUUAAAGCGAAAAAAUGAGGAAUUAAACAGUUAUAUAGAAAAGAAUAUUCCAGGUGGGGCUUCCCCCGAGGAGGGGAGCGACUGGGAUAGAUCUGACGAUGGCUUGGAAUUCAUGAACGUUAGCGGCAAUAAUGCAAACGGCAACAUCGACGGGAAUAACUAUCGUGAAGGCCUUUUAAACAGCCCGAGUGAACAGCCAAAUUUGGAGAUGUGUGCAGAUGGGCUAGGCAAAGUUCCCGACGAGGCUGACAACAGGGAGAGCAAUGAAAAGAGGAGGCAUAAAAGAAAAAGGCGCUACAUUGACGUCGACAAAAUGAAUUUUGAUUUCGAAAAGGAGGAUUUUGCUAGUAGUUCCAAUGACGAGUUGGUAAGACGCAAGUAUGUCCAUGCGGAGGAAUACGCCGGCGGGUAUGCCAACGGGUAUGCCAAUGGGUAUGCCAACGAGUAUACCAAUGAAUACACGAAUGAGUUGCCAUGCCAAAAGGACAUUAACAUGAACAGUGAAGUAAUCAGGGGCCUCCUGGAGCCACCUCCAAUCCCGUUUAAUGGUACCUUCCAGAAAUACAAUAAAGAAAUAAGUGAUGUGUACGUGAAACAUAAAAAAAAAACUAGUGGUAAUUUAAACAUCUUCCUAGAGUCGCAACUCCUGUGCAUAGAUGAAGGUGCAUUUGAAAAAGAGAAUAACUUUAUAAAUAACCAUUUUGAUAAUUUUAUUAUGAGAAAAUUAAAUGUUGUAAAUCCCACCAAUGAGCAGGAUGCUAUCAACCAAAAUAAAGAUUUGCAAGAGCUGCUCAAAUAUCUUAUGUCUUGGUACUUCUCUGGAUUUUAUUCCGGGAGAAUGAGCAUGUUGAAAGAGUUACAU